AUGUCGCUUAAGUUGCAGAAAAGAUUAGCAGCUUCCGUUUUAAAAUGCGGAAAGAAUAAAAUAUGGAUGGACCCAAAUGAAAUCAAUGAAAUAUCGCUAGCUAAUUCAAGGUUUAGCAUAAGGAAAUUGUACAAAGAAGGUUUGAUUCUAAAAAAACCACCUAAGGUAUACAGUAGAGCAAGAGUUCGAUUGUAUAAGUUGGCUAAAAGAAAGGGAAGACAUAUGGGUAUAGGUAAAAGAAGAGGUACAAAAAAUGCCAGAACCAACACAAAAACAUUAUGGAUUAAACGUCAACGUGUAUUAAGAAGAUUAUUAAAAAGAUUUAGAGAUGCCAAAAAAAUAGAUAGACAUUUAUAUCACUCAUUUUAUUUAAGAUGCAAAGGUAACCAAUUUAAAAACAAAAGAACUUUAAUUGAAGCUAUACAAAGAGAAAAAGCUGAAAUUUUGAAAAAGAAAACUAUAGCUGACCAAUUAGAAGCUAAGAGAUUAAAGGCACAAAUUUUAAGAAACAAAAGAAAAAUGAAAAAAGAUAAAGAAUAA